GCUCGAGCCGGCGGAGGCGGAGGGCAGCGCCGCCAUCUUGUUUGUUUUAGUCGGAGGAGAGAGGAGAGGAGGGAUGGAACAGCCGCCGGGUGCAGCGACACUGCGGUGGGCAAAACGGGAAACGCACUAACCGGUGUGACGCCAUCCCCUUUCCCCUUCCCCCUGUGGUGAAAAGGAGCCGAGACAAUGUUCUAUGCCCACUUCGUUCUCAGCAAACGUGGGCCGCUGGCCAAAAUCUGGCUGGCUGCCCACUGGGACAAGAAGCUGACCAAGGCACAUGUGUUUGAGUGCAAUCUGGAGAGCAGCGUAGAGAGCAUUAUUUCACCCAAGGUGAAAAUGGCUUUACGGACAUCUGGUCACCUGCUUCUAGGGGUGGUGAGGAUCUACCACAGAAAGGCCAAGUACCUGCUAGCAGACUGUAACGAGGCCUUCAUUAAGAUCAAGAUGGCAUUUAGACCAGGUGUGGUAGAUCUUCCAGAAGAAAACAGAGAAGCAGCCUACAAUGCUAUCACUCUACCUGAGGAGUUUCAUGAUUUUGACCAGCCGCUCCCAGAUCUAGAUGACAUCGAUGUGGCUCAGCAGUUCAACUUAAACCAGAGCAGAGUGGAGGAGAUCACAAUGAGGGAGGAAGUGGGCAACCUCAAUCUGCUGCAGGACAAUGAUUUCGCGGACUUUGGCAUGGAUGACCGGGAGAUGAUGCGGGAGGAGAGUGCGUUCGAGGUGGACAUCAUGGGGGCGUCGGCUUCCAACCUGCUGCUUGAAGCUGAGGGCGGAGCUAAUCAGAUGACUGACAAAUCCAACCACCUGGAGUAUGAUGACCAGUACAAGGACGACUUUGGAGACAACCCAAUGGAGAGCAACGAGGGAGGCAUGCUUGUGGACAAGCUGCUGAGUAAUGAGGACGGUGGCGGUAUCUUCGACGAUCCUCCUGCCAUCGCAGAGAGUGUGAUGAUGCCUCAGGACCACGGAGAUGAUGAUGACGACUUUGACGCCCUUUCAGCUGGAGCCCCAGACAGUCCAGACUCUGGUCCAACUGAGCCGCUGCCAGCCAUGGCCGACCAGACCGAACAGACGGCUUUGGUUCACAAUGAGGAGGAAACCUUCGCCCUAGAGCCUAUUGAUAUCACAGUGAAGGAGACAAAAGCCAAGCGCAAGAGGAAGCUGAUUGUGGACAGUGUGAAGGAGUUGGACAGUAAAACGAUCCGUGCACAGCUGUCUGAUUACUCAGACAUCGUCACCACCCUGGACCUGGCACCUCCUACGAAAAAACUAAUGAUGUGGAAGGAAACAGGUGGAGUUGAGAAGCUCUUCUCUCUCCCAGCUCAGCCCCUUUGGAAUGCAAGGCUCCUGAAGAUGUUUACAAGGUGUCUGACACCACUGGUGCCAGACGAGCUGAGGAAGAGGAGAAAAGGAGGAGAGGCCGACAGUUUGGAUGAGUUCCUGAAGGAUCUGGAAAACUCUGAGGUUCCGAGAGAGGAGACCACAGGCCAUCAGCAGAGAGACAUCAUGGACCAAACUAUCAUGGAAGAGGCCAGUGUUCUGCAGACUUCAGCUGUUGAAGGCAGUAGGACGAUGCUGGAUGAAUCCGUCAUGCCCCCACCGUCGGCCCAACACGGCCUAAAACGGAAAGCCCAGGACACAGAGCCGGCCCUCCCCAUGGGAGCCUUGGACCAGCAGCAGCAGGAGUCCAGAACGUCCCAGCAGCUGGAAACAGCCAGUGUGGAUUUACCCCCCGAGGAUACCACAACCACCACCAACAUCAGCCAGCUCAUAGAGUUAGACCUUCUGGGAGACAAGGACAAGAAGAAGAAUGAUGAUGACUCAGAUGAAGAGGAGGAGGAGGCGCAGGGAGGAGACCAGGACCAGGAGGAGAGAAGGUGGAACAAAAGGACGCAGCAGAUGCUUCAUGGCCUCCAGAGGGUGAUGACCAAAACAGGUGCCCAGUCCGUCAGCCUGCUCGACCUGUGCAGGAACAACAACAGGAAGCAGGCAGCUGCCAAGUUCUACAGCUUCCUGGUUCUGAAGAAGCAGCAGGCGGUGGAGCUGGUCCAGGAGGAGCCCUACAGCGACAUCGUGGCUACACCUGGACCACGCUUCCACAUCAUCUAA